AUGGUUGAUCAUUUAACUGAAUUACGUGAACAAGCUGGUCUUGCUUUAUGUGCUAAACGUUAUAAUGAUAUAAUUUUAAUCUAUAAAACCUAUCUCAAAACUUAUACUGAUAUUCCACCAACAGAUCGUCAAAUACUUUAUACAGCUUAUAAUAAACUUAUUCUUGAUUAUAAUUUUAAAUCUUAUUGGAAAUUAACAUCAAUUGAAUUAAAUAAAACACUUGAUUUGAAUUAUUUAGAAAUGAUUGAAAAUGAAAUUGAUUAUUUAUGUAAUGAUAUUGUACAAUUAAUUAAUAAUUAUUUUCUUGCAUCAACAUUAAAUAAAGAUCUUGAUAUUGUUAUAACAUUAAGACAACGUGCUGAUUUUCUUUUUUUUAAUUCUUCAAUUGCAAGACCAGCUACAAAACAGAUUAUGCUACAAUCAGCUUUACGUUCAUAUACGGAAGGUGUUGAACGAUCUCGUUUAACUUUACCAAUAAAUGAACCUGAACGAGUAUUAAUACAACUUCGUAAAUGUGCUUGUGAUGUACAAUUAUCCAAUGGAAAAUGUACUUCAUCGACAUAUUUAGAAUUAAUUGAUGUUAUAAAAGAAAUGAAAUCUUCUAUUCUAUCAUCAGAUGAUCCAUUACUUAUUCAAAUAGAAUCCUAUCGAUUAGAAUUAGAAAAAAUUUUAUGUUAA